GCUUUUCGUUAGAGUAGGUGACAACGGACGCAUAAAAGACGUGGGUUGAACCUUCGAGAUGCGACAUGUGUUGAGCUAACGUCAGAUACGUAGAGAAUGAUCGCGAAACAUCUUUUAGGAGAUGACGCAAGCGAUAUAGUCGAUGUUGCAGACCGUCCGGAAGAAGGGGCAGCCGCUGGCCCACCGAUCCCAGAGGGAACGUGGAAAGCGUACACGGACAAGGAAUUGUUCGAGAUGACAGAUACGCCUCCCGAAAUAGCAAUCCAUUACGCAAUGUCCGAAAUUUACGAUAAUCCUAACGUUCCCACGUUUAGAACGGCGGCAAGACGUGCGGGAGGCACGGAAUCUCGGUGGAUCGUUUACAUGGACUACGCUCCGUUCGGUACUCUGGAUGUAAUUAUCGAAGAGUAUGGCAAGACGAGAUAUGGCCAAAUUCCCGAACCGUUUAUUUGGUACGUGGCGGAAUCAUUGGCCAGCGCCUGUAAAACGUUGAUUUGGGGCGAUGAACCUUCGUCGGAUUUAGACUCGGUCCACGCAUCCGACAUUUCAGUGAGCUCAAAUGACGACCAGGCCGGAGAUGGUAACCAAAAGGUAAAGGGUAGUGAUGAUCCACCGCUUCGGUAUGUGCACACGGAUAUCAAACCCGAGAACAUUCUUCUUGGCGAGGCACAAACCGCAUACUAUCCCGUGUAUAAACACCCUCUGCUUGCAGAUCUGGGUGAUCUAGCAACUUCAGGAGGACGUCACAAGCUGGACACACCUGGUUACCUGGCACCGGAAGUUGAGGUCGCCCUGCCCGUUAGCGGAAAAACCAUGGUGUGGGAGAUAGGAAUCAUUCUCUACUCCCUGACCCGUCGGGUUGCGGGGAUUAAGGCACAAAAUGCCCUCGAUCGCGAAGCGCCAACUGAACUGGAUGAGACAAUACCCGUGGAGGACUUACUGGAAAAACCCAGCAUCAACAACGAGUCCUAUAAGUACUUAUACUCGAAGCGGCUCGAAGACUUGAUUAUCGACUGUUUGCAAACCCACAAGCGAGGUCGGCCCACCAUUGCGCGACUACAUGACAAGGCACGGGAAGGCUUGGACCUCAUCAAUCAAACACAAAAGCUUCUGGACGCAGACGUUGAUACUGUUCCGCAAUUCUUACGUAUCAAUUUCAAACCAGAUCAGUACCCAAUCGCCUCCAAGAGGAAGAGACGGAAGCCAACUAUUUCUUAAACUGGGACGCAGCAACGGGAUGUGGUUUAUGUUCAGGUGGCAUCU